AUGGAUGACAAGGUAUCUAAAAUUGACUCGAGGGUAGAUAGCCUUGAAUUUGCUCUUGGUCAGGCACAGAGCGAAUUGGAUCAAAUGCAUCAAACUGAAGCUCAGGUCAAGGACGAUUUACUGUAUGUCAAGUCACAAAGCAUGCGUAACAAUUUAAUUUUUGGUAAUAUUCCUGAACCUAAACAAGAAACGUGGGAAAAUAGAGAGCAGACUUUACGCCGAUUCUUUGUUGACCAUUUGAACAUCGCUCAGCAGUUAGCGGACAAUUUACAGUUCGAACGUGUCCAUCGCAUGGGAGAUUAUAAUCAACGUAGCGGUAGUCCACGCAAAAUAGUUGCCAAAUUUGCCUUCUACAAAGAUAGAGAAAUGGUGCGUCGCCUCAGAAGAACCAAGCUUAAUGACACUCAGUUUUAUCUUCACGAGCAAUUUCCACCGGAAAUUGUAGCACGGAGAAAAUCACUCUUACCGAAACUUAAAAAUGCCAAAAAACAAGCUCGUCAAGCUUGGUUAGCCUACGACACGCUUUUUAUUGACGGGGUACCAGUAAGCGAUAAAGAGUCCGACAGAAGCCAGAUGCAGAACGGGAACCGGAAGUAG